AUGGAGUACGGGUAUCUUAGCGGUGCUGGUGGUGGGUUCGACGGUGGCUGUCUGGGCUCCAGCGGUGGAGAGCUGUCCUGGGGCGAGCUGGCCUCCUGCGGGCAGAUGUCGCAGGCGGCUUACAGAUAUCAGGGUAUGCGUUAUCAGCCGCCGCCGCCACAAUGCGCCCGGCCGCAAGAUGCAGCUAUGAGAAAUCAUCAUAUAUUUCCACCUACGAUGAAUUUACAACCUGGACUGCCUUACAAGGUAUACGGAGGUCACGAGGGUUCAUUAACGGAGAAAAGGAAACAGCGGCGUAUUAGAACAACGUUUACGUCGGCACAACUGAAGGAAUUAGAAAGAGCUUUUCAAGAGACGCACUAUCCAGACAUCUACACUAGAGAAGAAAUCGCUAUGAAAAUUGAUUUGACUGAAGCUAGAGUGCAGGCGGGUUCGCGGUACGUGUAUGUGAAUAUUUUAUGGGGUGACUUGCUUCUGCCCAAUCAUGUGGACUCUGUGACAGUUACGCUUUUGUUUAGAAUGUUGCUUUUAAAUUUAUUCUUCAGUAUGUGA